UUUUAUUUGAGCAAAAUCAAAUUACCUCAAAUAAAGAAGUGAAAGAAAGUCCAGAAAUGUUUUAUUCAAUGCAAAGCGUAAAGUACUAUUGCAUAGUACACAAAACCAAAUAUAAAACUGCAUAGUGAAGUAUGUAGUCCUAGAAUCGUAAUUUUAAAGGAUGGUUAGAUAUUGAGAUUUUCUUCAGAAGACUGGAUGCAAAUGAAACGCAUAUGUGAUGUUUUAAUGGAUAAUAUAAAAACAAUGCAGAAUUGUAAAGAUAUGUAUAAAUAAUAUUGAAAUAUAGAAAAGGAUGAUGAUAUGUUACACAGUUAAAAAUACGUAAAAUAUGGCCUGGAAAUUAAAAGCAUGUGUAAAUACACAUCCUUUAUGUAUUGUGCACGAUCAUAUUUAUUGUAUUUAUACUGUAUUAGGUGCGCAAAAUAAAUAAAAAAUAAACUUCUAAUUGUAUUAAUUCGUAAAUCGUUAUCCAUGAAUUUGAAUAGCAAACCUUAAUGAUUAAUUUACAUCAUAAAAGAUGUGUUAACAUUGCAGGAACAUAUAUCCUCGCAAAGUGAUAUUAACCCAUCGUAUCAUAUGAAAUAAUAGAUUUAACGUCGUUCCUUCAAGUGAAACUAAUUACACGUUAUGAAGCAUAAACUAAUAAUUGCUACAUUUCUUGGUGUAAGCGGCGGUGUUAUAUUUGGAUUAGUUUUAAAAUAUUGUACUCCACAGCCAUGGUCCCAACGAAAAAUAAUGUAUAUAAAAUUUCCUGGAGAAAUAUUUAUGAGCUUAACAAAUAGUAUAAUAUUACCGUUGGUAGUAUCUAGUGUUGUAAGUGCAACCUGCAAUUUAAGCAAGUCAGGUCCUAUUGGGUUAAUGGCACUGUGCUAUUAUUCCGUGACAACCUCAAUAGGAAUAAUUCUAAGUGUUAUUUUGACACAAAGUAUAAGGCCAGGUAAAUUACUUAACAAUGAAAAUCUUACAUCAGAUUUGGCAUCUAAACAUUUUAUGACAAUUGAUACACUUUUGGACUUGUUACGUAAUUUAAUAUCAGACAAUUUAAUUAAAGCAUGUUUUAUGCAGUAUCAAACGGUUUUGAAAGAACCAGAAAAUACGACCAAAGUGCCUAUAAACGAAUGGGCUAUAACACAUCAAGAUAUACCAGGCACCGAUGUAAUUGGUUUGGUAUUUUUUAGCUUACUACUAGGUUUAGCAGCUGGCAAAUUGGGUGAAAAAAAUAGGCCUCUGUUAAAUGUUAUAGAUUCGUUUUCACAAGUGAUGAUGAAUAUUAUGAAUUGGAUAAUCAUGAUCGCACCAAUUGGCACAUUCUUUCUUAUUCCUGGUAGAAUUUUAGAGAUGACAGAUUUUAGUUUAAUAUUUAAACAAUUAGGUGCUUAUAUAUUAACCGUUUUUAUCGGUCUGAUAUUACAAGGAUUUUUAAUAUUACCAAUAUUGUAUUUUCUACUUACACGUAGAUCUCCAUACAAAAUUAUAAUGAAAUUAGGUCCCGCCUUUGCAACAGCAUUUGGAACAUCAUCGAGUACAGCUACUGUCCCAGUAACGAUAAAGUGCUUACAAGAACUUGGUAUAGAUCCAAAAGUGCUGAGAUUUGUCGUACCGAUAGGUGCUACAAUAAAUAUGGACGGAAUAGCAUUAUAUGAAACUGUUGGGGCAAUAUUUAUUAUUCAGAUGCGAGGAUUAAAUUUUUCAUUAUUUAAAAUAAUAGCCAUCAGUAUUACAUGCACUAUCUCGUGCAUUGGUGCAGCUGGAUUGCCCAGCGGUGGAUAUAUGAUGUUAAUAAUGGUAUUAAAUUCUAUUGGAGUCCCUGUAGAUGAUAUCGCAUUAAUUAUUGCUAUUGAUUGUUUCGUGGAUCGAUUCAGGACAACUAUAAAUAUUAUUUCCGACGCUUUCGCAUCUGGUAUAAUAUCUUAUUUACUUACAAAUAAAUGCAAGCAAUACAGGAACACGAUGUCUGCGAAAACGCAAUCGUUGACCUAUGUAGUAAAAUAAUAUGUUUCGAUAAAAAUAUGAAAGAAAUAGUCAAGUUAUUCAUCAAUUCUUUUCGGGAUGUGGUAAAAUAUUGUUAUUAUCAUUAUUUCUCGUAAAUGUUUUAUUUCGAGGCAAUCUUUACAAAUUGAAAUAUUUACGUCCGAAAAGAAUUUCGAUUCUAUUUACUUAUGAAAAGUUUCCUCAAUAAAACCAGAAUUUAGAACAA